GUUGUCCGGUAGAACUUAAGCGAAUCGGUUCGGUCGCGUUUGCUCGGUGUGGUACAUUCUUUGUUGGUGUGGCGUGUGGCGUGUGACGCGUCGUCUCCGGUUUGCAGCUCGGCUGUAGGGAGGCUGUUGGAAGAGUGUUCAGAAAAUGAAAGAGUGAAAUGAAAUAAAUUUCAAACGAGUGUGUCUAUGAUAUCGGUGGGAAAUAAGGGCCGUUUAAACGAAAAGUGUACGAAAACAAAUGUUCAAAACAUGAAUAAAAGAUUGGUGAUAAGCGGCUGAUAUACUGCAGUGGAAGUUUCAAAUCCUUUACGGCCUAAGCAGCACUUUUAGCCCUAUCGUUUUGAUGUGGUUGGAGUAGGAUUCAACCUAAGAUCCGUCUCGAUGCUGAUGAUGGACUUUAAGGCGUCCAAUACGGCCACCAUCGCCACCAUCGAUAAGGGCAGCGACCGUACGUUCGCGUCGGCCUUUUUCCACCCACCGGCAUCGCCCACGCACGUCGGUUGCUGCGUGCUGAACCGGGCACCGGCACGGCCCCCGUCCGAAAUCUAUUUCGAAAGCCGGGGCAAAUGCUGCAAGAAGUUGCUCCGGUACAACGGGUAUCCGAACAAGGUCCUACUCUACCCGGAAGAAGGAUGGGCCCGCAGUGCAGCUUCCAGCUACUGGACGAUAGCGCCCUGCCGGUGGCGAAGGAAUCGCUGCAUCGUGGAGGAGGUGGCAGGCUCUAGGAAACAAUCAACACAGGGCCGCAUGAUCGUUGUCGGUGACGGAGCUCUCCUAAUAGUCGGUACCUUCAAACGGCGCGUCCCCGAUCCCGACUUCAAGCUCUAUCUUUCGUCCAACAUAAGUUUGGCCGACUACAACAUGGGCUACUGCCUGACGGGGACGCUCGAGCGGGGCUGCGAACGGACGAACCAGUAUCAAACCACGCACUUUGCCGUCAUCCGGCGCUGUUGGCCUUCGAACGAGCAUGACGGACACCAUGGCGGUGGGUUCGGUGUGGGUGGCGUCGGCGGGGGAGGCGGGAGCGGUGGCAGUAAGAAUAACAACAAAACACAGCACACCUACAUCGAUUUUCUCUUCAACCGAUGAUGGCAUGAUGGGGUGGGACGAGAGUAACACAAAUGGCGAUUACGUGAGUGCGUUUUGUUUCGGGGGCUUUUUCGAUACACACUUUUUUGUUUGUCCUUCGAAACAGCCAGCUGUGGCGUACAGCUGUGGGGAAGGGCUAGCACGAGAGCCAUCGGAAGGCACGCGUUUAAGUGCGUGUCCUUAUAGGUAGCAUUCGAUGAUAACAUAAAUUUAGAUAUGGGUGUACAUUACACAAACUGGAGGAAGAAUUUAGUAGGAAAACGUUGAUGAACUCGUGGCAGGCAGCAAGGAUAUUAAAGAUGCGAGCUUUGCUUUAUGAAAGCAAAACCUUUUGUUUUUUCAAGCUUAACUCUGGAAAUCCAUAACACAGCUUCUGGAGUCACUGGCAACAAGUAACGAAAUGCAAGCGAUAAAACACUUAAUAGGAGAAGGAAAGAAAACAAAAAAGAGGCGAAAAGAAUCCGAAAAGAACGGAGAACGAAAACCUCUAAACAAAUUGAUAAAAGCAAAAGAUAAAAACCCAAAAAGCCUAUCGUAACGAAGAGAUAGAAAAUAGAUAUGAAAUGAAAAACAUUUAUUGAAUCUCAAUCACACGAAGGGAAGCAACAACAAAGAAUCAACCAACAUAAAUCAAACGCAAAAUAUAGAACAAAACACAAAAGCUGAAUAGAAACAGAGAAAAAAAAUAGCAAAAAAGCUGGAAAAUAAAUAUCAACCACGCACCGAAUGCACCAUUAUUCAUUUUUAGGACAAACAUUUUGCUUGACGGAGAAAGAAGAAAAUCCUUUUUGUGAAAUAGAACACACACACACACACACACUCACACACCCAAAACCAAAGCCAACGGAAGAGGAAGAGAUAAAAUCAAUCAAUCGAUCGAUCGAGAGCCGAUCGCUGUUUUCGCACGUGUGAUUUGCGUUUGUUUAAAAAAUCGAUGGUGAAAAUCGUAUCCUAUGGGGGGGUGAAAAAGGAGAGGGAGGAAGCAACGCGCUCACAAACACACGCACAUUAGAAGAUAGGCGUGUGGUGUGCGUUUCGUUUGUGUAUAAUCAUUCCUAUAGAAUAAAUCCUAGCAUGGCCGAGUCGGAGCGCAGAAUGUUUGACAAUUUUCGAUGCUGCAUUGCUGUAGGAAAGUAUUUUUGUACUGGUCGCUUUUUGUACAUAGGAAACUUUGCUUGAUAGGCCGCAAAAGUCGAAUGUAAGAUCAAAAUAAAUUUAAAUAAUAUUAAUGAACGAAACCCCAAAAUACGAGAAUAAAAAAAAACCCUCGACAAAACGCUCGAAUCCACUGAGCACACAUAUAUAUAUAUACACAGGUUUGCUGUUUUGUGCAUUGCUUUCUCGGUACGAUACGAACGAGCUGGUAGAAGCGAAACAUACGUAAGCUGUAAAUUUCCGUACCGCCCUUUUACCGAUGCGUAUAACCGUUGCAAUACUUAAUACUUUCAUACCUUACUCUUUAUAUCCAGCUUUAGUGUUGUAGUUUCAUUUUCUACUAGUCAUUUAGCGCAGUUCUUUUGUCUGUUUUCUCUUAUUUCCUGUUUAUAAAACAUAGUUUCUUAAGGUUUAUAUAAAUCAGUGUGCACUUAUGUUUUACUUACAAAAAUCAAACCACAAAUCAAAUCCAAAACAAAAAUGCAAGCACUGUGGAACGAAAGAGAAAGGAGAGGCUAACAAACCAAAUCAACCAUUCGAAAUCAAAAUGUAACACGAUGAACAUUAACGUCCUGCCAGUAUUUAACGUCCAUAACAAAUAGUUGUCUAGUUGCACUGCGAUGCGCGCACCCUCACAAGCGCUGCCGGUGUACGGUGUAAGGUGGUGACUGAAUGCAAAUAGGGAAAGCUUGUAGUGAAGAAAGAACACAACCGUUAAAACAACCUAUUAGGAGCUGAGUGUACUGAUGAUGUCUUGAGCGCUGCUUUUCGUACAGAUAAACAGAUACUAUGCCAUCAGAAAAAAAACGGCUUUUGUUUAAUCGGGACAGUUUUUAUCUCAAUUAUAAAUUUAUUUUAAAACAUUUUCUUUUGUAGGUAUAUCCGCAACAUACGUACUCUUAAAUGCCUAAUGUCUAAAACUAUCGCUAAUGUCAUGAUGCUAGAGAAGACACUGCGAAGUAGUCGCCAAGCUGUUUGCCCAUCCUUUUUGGUGAUGCUUCUUUGAUUUAUUUUUCUACACCCCGUACCCCAGUUAGCCGGGAACUGAAAACACAGUCAAACUUUUGCAACAACCAAAGAACUAUUAGAAAACAGGAGAGCCACGGUGAGUGGCAGUGGGUGGUAGCCCCAGAAGCUAGCUUAGCUUUUUCGUGUUAGAAACUAAACUAGAUACCGCAGAACGGAGCGAGGAUUAAACAGGUCAAAUACAGUCUGCUUCAUACCUAGCACGACUAAGAGUGAGCUUUUGCUAGCGUGUGAAAGCUUUGGCAGCACAUAACAAACCCAGUAACUGCAUCAGGAAUACACCCAAUUUUUGCUUUCUGUUUUCUUCUUUGUCCUUCCCCUUUUCGAACUGCUUCUCGUUCAAUAGCCAUCGCUACUAGCCCCCACCUUAAGCUUAGGAUAUGUGUAAAUCAUCAUAAAACCUGCGCAGCUUUUGUAGCAUAGGAAAUGGCAGUGUGACUGCUCCUGAAUGUAAUGCAACAGCGAGCUAACCCAUAACGUAAAUAAGCACAAACACGGAGAAAACCCCUUUCUCGUGAACCCACACACUCACACGCGCGCGCAGACAGCUAGCAAGAAGCAAGAAGAGAGACUAUUUUUUCUAAAGGAAUUUAUAUACAAAAACCCAACGAUUCAGCAGCAGCAGCACGGAUUGUGAGAAAGGAAGUGAGUAAAGCAAACAAAUGACAAGACACGAGAUGCGCGUUCGGGUGUGUGAGUGUGAAGGAGUCGAAAGUAAAGCCGAAUCGCCGCGGGGGGGCGGUUGUCAAAUAUCAAAUCAAAUCGUCGUCAAUAAUGAUGUAAUAAGUGUAAUUAUGUAUGUAAGGCCGGGUCGGCUGGCCUGGUGGUUAAUCACGGGGCGCGUUGUUUACGAGUAUAACCAUUGUCGAAAACCGAUCGAUGAUGCGUUCGCGUGAGAGAAGAAAUAAAUGUUGUUAUAAUUUCCAAA